CUGCAACGCAAGUCUUCAUGGAAAGGCAGACCGUGUAUAUAAGCGGCUGUUCUCUGCUCCAUUCUGCCUCUCACUCAUCCCAUCGAGGAAGUUCAUCCAGCGAGCCACCAAGCACUACAACCUCAAAUCUCUCCUUUCAGCUCAACAACACAACCCCAUACCCAUUUCGAUUGCAACGAUUCAAGAGUCUCGCAUUCUUUGAGAUCCAGAAUGAAACUCUUCGUCACGCUCACUUUUGCCGUUGGGCUGUUCUUGGCUCAAGCCCCGGCUCUGACCUCGGCCACCUGUUUUGGCACCCGUGACGUUGGCAGUAACAUCGAAGCAUUGAAGAGCGGAUCGAUCGACCGCCGAUCCUGUUUUUCCAAGAAGAAAAAGCACGAAGAGAAGAAGCACUACUACUACGAUGAUGAUUAUAAUUACAAGCUGGCUAAGCGCGACGCAGUUCAUCCCAAGCACCACGACGAAGCCAAGGUGAAGGUCGAAUCCGCCAAAAAGCUUCACGCUCGCAGUGAAAACGAUCUUUAUUACAACGGCAAAUAUCAUUACGAUGGUGAGGGGGAAUAUUACGGUGAAUCUCACUCCGGGAAUGGUUACGGCGGCGGUUACGGAGGGGGCUACGGAGGGGGCUACGGUCGAGGCGGCUACGGAGGGGGCUACGGUCGAGGAGCUACGCCGAGGGGCUAUGGUCGAGGAGGCUACGGAGGGGGCUACGGUCGAGGCGGUUAUGCCGAGGGGCUAUGGCGGAGGGGGCUACGGUCGAGGGGCUAUGGCCGAGGGGGCUACAACGACGGGGGCUACGGCGGUAGAGGUGGCUACGGUGGCGGAGGCUACGGUGGUAAGGGUGGCUACGGUGGUGACAAUGAUUACAAGAAGUCUUGAAUGUUCCUCAAGAUUUGAUUUGUCUGUCUUGUCCCGAUCCGCGCUGCUCCGGCUUGUUGUUUAUCUGAGCAAUUGGUGAAAUCCAGUAACAGCUUUUAACUGUCAGGCUCC